CUAAUGAUUACACCCCUGGCUCCUUGAUCCAACGCUGGACGGGAAUUUUCAUUGCUUCAUUUUUGUUGUUGGAUCACUUGUCGCAUAGGAAGUGUUACUUUCCACAGUGAAACGCGUUUGACCGUUCCAAGAAAUCAACAGUAGAAACAAGUUUCACACGACCAAGUGCCAUCCUGACCUUUAACCUCCAGAUAACACAUGGAUGACCUAGAUGCUGUCAGAGGACUGUCUCCCCGGCCUGCUCCUCCUCCUGAGGACUCGGUGUCCCUCUCCACGUCCUCCACAGACACCAUCAACUUGGAAGAUGGCCACUACUCUGCCCUGCGAGCGGAGCUGGAGGCUGAUGCUCGGGACUUGGAGGGAGAGUCCUGGAGUGUUGCUGUGGACCAGCAGCACAUAAACAGCCUCCACCAAGACGCUGUAAAGAGGCAAGAUGUCAUCUACGAGUUGAUCCAGACAGAGGUGCAUCAUGUGCGGACCCUGAAGCUGCUGCUGAGUGUUUACCAGUAUGAGCUGAGACACAGCCUACAUAUGGAGGAUACUAGGCUUGAGAGGAUGUUCCCUCAGAUCGACAGCCUGCUGCACAUCCACCAACACUUCCUGUGGUGUCUCAGGGACGGCCGGGACAGACACAACCACCACACUGUCACACAGCUGGGAGAUAUACUCAUCAACCAGUUUUCAGGUGAGAUGGGGGAGAGGAUGAAGGAGAGUUACGGCGUGUUCUGUAGUCACCACACUGACGCUGUCAGUCUCUACAAGGAACAGCUACAGAACAACAAAAAGUUCCAGAACUUGAUUAUGAAAAUCGGUCGGUUGUCCAUCGUUCGGAGGUUAGGAGUACCAGAAUGCAUUCUGUUGGUGACUCAGCGGAUCACAAAGUACCCCGUCCUGGUGGAACGCAUUCUACUGAACACUGAAGCCGACAGUGAGGAGCACAGUGCCCUGGUCCAGGCCCUGGUUCUGAUCAAAGAGACCAUCUCUGCUGUGGACUCCCAGGUCCAUGACUAUGAGAGAGCCUCCAGGCUGAGAGAAAUAGGCGGCAGGCUGGAGCCGCGUUCCCAUGGUCGGUGGAAGGACGGCAGGGUGUUCACGAGAGAGGAUCUGGCUGAGGGCCUCAGAACCCUGCUCCACGAGGGGACGGUCAACUGUCGGGUGGCAAACGGACGGCUCAAAGACAUCCACGCUGUUCUGUUGUCAGAUGUCCUGCUGCUGUUACAAAAGGAAAAGGAUCAGAAACUCAUAUUUGCUAAUGUGGACAACAAGACGUCGGUGAUCUCCCUCCAGAUGCUGAUCGUCAGGGAGAUGGCCCAUGAGGACAAGGCUAUGUUCCUGAUCAGUGCUUCGUCCAGCAUGCCAGAGAUGUACGAGAUACACACCUCCUCCAGAGAGGACUGCAAUGCCUGGAUGAGCCUUAUACGAGACGCUGUCAACAGUUGUCCAGUAAUGGAGGAGCAGAUGAGCAAUGAGCAGGAGGAGGCCAGGCUAGCCAGGCUCAGAGACUUCCAAGAGCGUCUGUAUGUGAAGGAUUCCCAGAUCAUGCAGAGCCUGACAGAGAAGCUGCAGAUGUUUGCUGACAUGGUGGAGGCUGUAACAGGGAUGGAGGAUGUAGCUGCCCACUCCUGUCUGCUGCUCCGUGGUGAUGCCUCAGACCUCCCAGGGGAGACACUGCUCAAGGGAGCCAUCACUGAGGUGGAGAAUCUGCAGAACCUUCUCCUGUCCGGUGUGACUGUGCGAGAUCCCCACCCCCAUCCAGAGGACAGCCUGGGACCAGGGAGGUUCAGUUUGAGGCCAGAAGUGGUACGGCUUUAUCUAGGAGGGCUAGGCCUUGGGCGGCUGGGGAACCUGUCGGUGCAUAGGAGAGCUGAGACCUUUGGAGGUUACGACUGCAACCCUCCCACCCCCAUCAAGAAUGUGGAGGGACGACCUCAACGUUCAAAAUCUGACCCCCAGCUACAGGACCUUGACCAAUCAGAGAGCCUGGAACUGUCGUUCUUUUACGCUGUGCUGACGCUCUCACAUAGGCUCUACGGUCUGCAGGCCAUCGUCUCCCAGCAGGACAGCCACAUUGAGCUCCAGCGUGCCUCUCAUUUGGUGCGUGAGCGUCCGGCUCGCAACCGAGGCAACAUGCUACUGGAGCAGGAGAAACAACGUAACCUGGAGAAACAGAGAGAAGAGGUGGCCAACUUCCACAAGCUGCAGACACAGCACCGUCAAAACCAGGCUCGCUGGGAGAAGGAGCGGGAGCGUCACCGGCUGCAGGCGGAGGUCCUAGAGGCGGAGCUAAGACAGAGAGAGGAGGAGUGUAGGAGACUGGAGAAAAAACUAGAGAUGGAGAGAGAGGAGCUGGAGAGACAGAGAGAGACAUACCAACAGGAUCUGGAGAGGCUGAGGGAGUCAAUGAGGACGGUGGAAAAACAGAAGGAACACCUCAAUACACAGAUGAAGCAGAACAAGACCGUCACCAACCCUGGGAGUUUUAACUUCAAAGCUCAGCAGGUUCCCCUCUCCCAGUCCUUCCGAGGGGAUCCUCCCCUCCUCUCCCAGUCCUUCCGAGGGGAUCCUUCCCUCUCCCAGUCCUUCCGAGUGGAUCCUUCCCUCUCCCAGUCCUUCCGAGGUGAUCUUCCCCUCUCCCAGUCCUUCCGAGUGGAUCCUUCCCUCUCCCAGUCCUUCCGAGGGGAUCCUCCCCUCCUCUCCCAGUCCUUCCGAGGGGACCUGACAGCUGAUUGGAUGAAGGGAAGAGAGGUGAUCCAGAUCCCCAAGGUCCUUGUCCCCCCCAGCAUCUCUGUAGCCACCAACAUGUUCCUGGAGCAGCCCCCGGAGGUGCCCCCUCGCAGGGAGAGCAUCAGCCCCGGGCCCCCUAAACCGGAGUUCCCCAUCCACCUGAUCAGCACAACCAACCAGGUGGUUCACAAACCAGGGGCCGUGCAACAGCAGAUACCCACCAAGCUGGCUGUCCUUGGUAACAAGGGCAAGGAGAAGAGCAGUAAGAAGAGGUCCCACCACAAGCGCAAUCACAGCGCAGCGUCCAUAGAAAUGUCUCAGUUGGUGCCGAUCAGAGUGACAGGAAAUCAGAGUCUGAGAGGGAAGAAGACUGUGAGCCCACAGAGAAACUACCAAUCAGAUGAUUUCUUCAGUCCUCCAGAGCCCCUGUCCAGCGCUAAGCCCUCCCAGACCCUGUCGUCCAGCAGCAGCAUGAGGACCAAUAACCAGAGCCACAUCCCUCCACCCAAACCUCCACCUCCCCCUCCACCCUUCCCCAAAGACAUAGCAAGCAAACCAACCAAGGAACACGUUAUCUACCUGUAAGGACACAGGGCGACACCAAAACCCUAUAAGCCAGGGCUCUGAAAUGGCGGCCCAUGUGCUAAAACCGGCCCACGAGUGAUUUAUAUUUGGCCCGCCAAAGCUCUGUCCACAGUAAAGAUGUGAUUAUAUAUAUAUUUUUUACUGAUUGGGCUUUCUAAUUGCUGGUACUUAUUGAGUUCCUGUUGAAUUUCCACAUUUCCAAAAUUAAUUUCUAUUGUUUGGAUGAGUGCUUGUCUCUAAACUCUCUCUGCACUCAAGUCUUUAUGUUUUUAAGCCUUUUUAAAGAUGAUUUAAAUUCAUGUUAGGAAGCUGGUUAUUACUUUGAAUUGUUUACAGGUCUGAGGUGCCAAGCACGUUACCUCAGAGCGCAUUAGAAUCUCUUUUAAAUCUGAAUUGACCUGUUCCUCGUUUUGUAUUUCUUCAUGUCAUAGAAUGUAUGGAAGUAAAUGUUCAUUUAGCUGUGAGGUGUAAAACUGACCAGUUUACCAGACGCAGAUUAAGUUUAGUCCAGGACUAAAAAAAGAUUCUCAAUUGAGAUUCUCCCAGUUUUUUUUUAUUUAUUUUUUUAGUCCAAGACUAGGCUUAAUCUGUGUCUGGGAAAUGGGCCCUUAUGGUAUGGGAAUUAUGGUGUAUUUUAACACUGUGAAUAAUAAUGACUACUGUACUAAA